AAUCCCUGCACAGGCUCUUGGUGGAGGCGCUCAAGCCAAAGCCUCUCACUGCCCUGUUUGCUCCUGGUGUUUGCCAGGACUGUGCCAUUGGGAAAGGGGGUGGCUGGGCUGGAUCUCUGCCCUUCCCUGGGCAGUGGGAUGUCCGACUGCACUUUGAACCCUGGAGGGAGGCUUGGCGGAGGCUGCUGGCUCUCUGCCCACCCCUGACACUCGAGACAGAACCGGCUCCAAAGCACCUCUCGCUGUGUUCCCUGUGGGAUAGAGAGUGGGAGUCUGUGGAGCAGGAUGAGGCACCUGCUCUGGGCUGGCUGCUUCCAGCUGCUGCCAUGGCAAGCUGGACCCUGCACUCGCAAGCUGACGACUGCAGUGACCAGUGCAGUGGCUACCUCACACUGCGGCCCGUGGCUCCUGGCUCCUCUGGCCGCCUCCAGCUCCUUACCCAGUGUGUCCAAGGGGUUCCUCCAGCCCCCGAUCCUGGGGAGCAGGGCCCCUUGCUGCUGGGGCUCACAGUUCAACGUGCCUCCCAGUGCCCUGCUCGUGGCCCGGCCCGUGGGGGUCUGCUCCAUGAUGAGACUCCCCGUGCAGGCGUCGGCGCGGGGACUGGACGCGGCGUUUGUCGGUGUCCCGCUGGACACAGGUACAUCCAACCGGCCGGGAGCCAGGUUCGGCCCACGUCAGAUCCGCGCGGAGUCGGCCAUGGUGAGGAGGUACAACGGCAGCACCGGGGCAGCGCCUUUCGACUCCCUGCGGGUCGCUGACAUCGGGGACGUGAGCGUGAACCUCUACAACCUGCCCGACAGCUGCCGCCUCAUCCGAGAGUCCUACCAGGAGAUCGUGGCCUCUGGCUGUGUGCCCCUCACCUUGGGUGGAGAGCACACCAUAACGUACCCAAUCCUGCAGGCCCUGGCAGCAAAGUAAGACAGCUGUCAGCUGGGUAGAGAGCAAAAAAAUGUGGAGAGGGAGUGGAAGGUGCUUCCAGGAGCACCUCUGCAGCUCGGCCCUGGGCUGAGGGUUGAUCCCACCAGAAAUGCCCAGCGGUGCAGGGGAUGCUCCUCUUUUCCCUCCUUUCCCGGAGCAGGUGCCUGUGUGUCUGUGUUCCUGCAGGGUUUCCGGGUUGUCCCAGCUGAGGAGUGCUGGAUGAAGUCCCUGGAGCCGCUGCUGGGGGAGGUGAGGGCCCAGAUGGGGGACAAGCCCGUGUACAUCAGCUUCGAUAUCGAUGGAUUAGACCCCGCGUAUGCCCCGGGCACCGGCACCCCCGAGAUAGCUGGGCUCACACCUGCACAGGCUUUGGAGAUUAUUCGUGGCUGCAAAGGCCUGAACAUAGUGGGGUGUGACCUCGUGGAAGUCGCACCAAUGUACGACGUCUCUGGUAACACAGCCCUCCUGGGUGCAAACCUACUGUUUGAGAUGCUGUGUGUUCUCCCAGGAGUGAGGACACUGUGAGGGUAGUUCCUGCCUGCUCCAGGACAACGCUGCUCCGUGUCCCCAGCCAGGCUUUCCAUGUCCCUUUCCCCUCAUCCAGCUGCAGCCAACGUGGGCUUUGCAGCACAGAAUAAAUGCCAUUUUCCACUAGUAAAGGUAAUUUUAAGCUGAGAAGCUCUAGGGAGCAGAUGGGUUUGAACACCCCAUUUAACUGGGGUCUGGAGCUUUGAAAUUGGUCUGGUAAAGGGACAGAUGAGGCUAAUAGUGUUUGGCCUCUGGAAUUACUCACCCAGCUUACAGGGCUCCUGGCAAAAUUUACUGGAAAGGGUUUCUUCCAUUAGGAUGUGGCAGCAAGACAAUGACUAUAGAGGAAGGGAGGGCAGCAAAGGGCAUCUGGGGAUCCUGCUGAGCAUAGGGGGAUGUUUGACUGCAGUUCCUGCUGGUGGAAUCAGCAGGAGUUUCCUAUGGCAGGAGUGGUUUAAUCACUCCUGGAAUUUCUGAGCUGAUGUGGAGGUGAGGUUAGGUUGUACAGGGAAACACAAAGCCACUUCAUCACACAUUAAAAUAAGUUUAUUUUGGUUGCGAACCUGUAAUUGUCUUAAAACAAAAUGACAUAAGUGCCUGUUCACAAAUACAAAACCAAAACCAAACCAAAACAAAAAAAAACCCAACAAAACAAAAACAAACAAACAAAAAAAAUAAAAAGACAAGUUUGCCAAAUAAGUUAAUUCCCCCCCUCCCAGUAUCAAAAGUGCAAAAUAGGUACCUAGUUUUCAGUCCUACUUGUCAAGCUGCGCUCGUGUCCUGGCUCCUGGCUGCUGUGGGUGAAGGGCAGAGACAGGGGCAGGGAGGAGUUUGGGAACAACCUCCACUCCAGGGCCUGUGUCCCUUCUCCUCAGCUCUGAGUGCUGUGCCAUCGCUCAGGUCUCACUAGGACAGUGCACUAGGACCGAAUUUCCUCAAUCUUUGGAUUAUGAACCACCACGCAUGGAACAGAAUCACAGGGGUUAGAAAAUGAUGGGGGGUGAGGGCUCAGGGCUGCUGGGAGAGCAGGGGCAGAUCCCGGGUGUCAUAGUUUGAGAUUGGUCCCCCUUGAGAGUCAGGGGCUCAGAGG